UUCGCUGCAGACUUCCGGGUGUGGGAUUUGACAGUUGGUUCCGCUCAUUGGUCAGUCUAAACACGACGCUUGGAAAUAUACGCCUGUAAGUGGAAAGUUUUCAAAGGGAAGGAUAUCGCACACCAGUCUAUCAGAGUGGGUUUUUUAAUUUUUUACCCAGGAAUGACGCAAAUAUAAACCAAACGGAUAAAGGGAAAUAGGGCCAGAUCAAAACUGAGUGUUAAACGUGGUACAUCUUUGAGUCUGUGAAACAGGUUAAAGGGCAGAAGAGUUGUUUUGGUUGAUAAACAGAAGUGCACGUCGAAAAGUUAACGUUCUUGAAGGAGCUUCGGGGAAAUAAGACGGAGUGUCAGAUACAAGUCGUCCGUGGACAAUAAACAAUUUUAGAAUCUACGGCGGUGGCGGAGUCCAACGACAGGAGCAAUCUUUCGUGUUGAUAUUUCAGAAGCUACGACCAAUACAGAAUAAAUUAAAUUAAUUUCAUCUUGGCAAUUCUGCUCGACGUUGCUCAAGUUAAAGAACAUUGAAUGAGUUCCUAUUCUAUUGGGAGACAUCAAAGGCACCAACAACAUCAAGAAAACAAGGAGGGUGCUUGAAUGUCUAAGAAAUCGAUGUUAUUUUUUUUCAGACAUCUUUCAAACAUUGUAUUUCAGCCCAAUUAAUUGCAUGCUAAGAACAAAUUUCAGGAAAGCAAAAGGAUAUUGAAUUUUUACACUGUGUGAUUUAGUAACUGACUUGAACAAAUAUACCAUAGGUGAAUUUAAGAUAAAGGUUAUUUUGAGUUUCACAUCGUUUACGUAGCUUUGUGUCAUUGUUUCUAUUCUGUUAAGAGCUUUGAUGAAUUUCCUUUAAAGACAAAUCAAACUACCGAAGGACGAGGUUUAAAAGUAAGACAAGAUUGCUAUUAAUAAGUAGGCCUACAAUUAUUGUGACUGCUUCCGACACUCGUUUCGUUCUUGUAUUUUCCUUUUCGUAGGAACUUGGACGGAACGGAAUUCUGUGUCGCCCUUCGUCCGGGUAAAACAUCGACUUUUUUCUAACGACGCCAUGCCCAGAAUGCGUUUGUCUGAGACUUUGGCACCAAUUGGAAUUUUGCUUUUAUCCUUUGCGUUCGUGGCAGUGCGACCUGACGCCUACUGCUUCCAUUAUGACGGCGCUGUGCACUUCUGCAACGACAGUUGCUGCCCACACACGCCAGGGUGUUGCCUGUGUGACAGCCUCCUCCAGAUGAACCUGAGUUGUGAUCAGAACUACACCGGGCCCUUCAAUGCGUCGCCCCCGGCGGCCACACAAACAGCGACACACGCCACGCCUCUCACUCUCCCAACGGUUUCCGCCACAGCAACGGUGGCACACCAAGGAGUGGGAGGAGCCCCAUCUUCAGGGGGCGGGGCGUCGGUGUCAAGGGGCGGGGCCUACUGUAUCAUGCACGAUAGCCAGACGGAGUACUGCAAUGACAGCUGUUGUCCCCAUGAGCCUGGCUGUUGUGUUUGCUCAACGUUACAGAGUCAAAAUCUCAGCUGCAGUUCUCCGUACAACGAGUCCUCAAUAAAUCUUCCAGCGGGUCCUAAUGCGGCAGGGCCAGGAGCCUAUUGCGUCAUGUUUGACGGAGCGACACAGUAUUGUGCCGACUGUUGUUGCCCUCAUAAGCCGGGAUGCUGUUGGUGGUCAACGUUACAGAGGCUAAAUCUCAGCUGCAAUUCUCCCUACAACGAAUCCUUCAUAAACCCUCCAACAGCAAGCACCUCGCCCUCUUCACAGAUAGUACCAAGCUUUACCACUACCACCCUGGCCACAACUUCGCCUGGCAGUACUGGGUCAGGGGGCGGAUCGUCAGGGGGCGGAGCCUAUUGCAUCAUGUAUGACGGGCAGACCGAGUAUUGUGACGACAGUUGUUGUCCUCAUAAACCAGGAUGUUGUUUAUGUGCUUCGUUAUUGAGUCAGAACAGGAACUGUAACUCCCCCUACAACGCUUCAGCUAUUGUUGUAAUCAGCACCAUACAG